AGGGAAAUGCGAGUGAUGGAAGAGAAUGAGGACUCAACUAUAAACAACAAUGUUUUUCAUUCGGUCGAGAGAUUACCGGCGGUAACUGAAGGAAACAUUCCUGACAUACAGCUUGAGACCCUAGUGCAGGUGGAGGAAAUCGAAGGACAAGCGAGCAUUCCAAGAUGUCCAUCUGCUUCCACUGAUUGGCGGGAUAAUAUGCAAAUGAAUGAGAUAAUUACAAAAGUUAUUAGUGAUGGUGAUAACCAUUCGAGGCUAUCAUUCAUUAUGAAAGGAAAACUUCAUGCUUUAACCGGUAGUAUACGACGCCGCACUUCUCAGGUGGUUGAUGAAAUAAUGAGAGAAUCAGAGGAUGAAGAUAAAUGCUCAGAAAAUAUUGAAGUUGCUGCUAGGAAAGAAAAUCGUCCAAGCUUGAUGUCUUUGAUUGGACUUCAACCGGGUAUAUCUCCAGUAAGUGUUAAAAAUACAAACAAAUCCAGGAGCUAUCUGCGACGGAUCUUUUUGUCAUCUCUCAGUCCAUUCCAUCGAGAAUACUUAAUUUGGUUGACCAUAGUGGUGAUAGCAUUUCUAUACAAUGCCUUCGGUAUUCCACUACGAAGUUCCUAUCCAUAUCAGACAGAAUCUAAUCUGGUUUACUGGCUUAUCGCUGAUUACAUCGCUGAUGCUAUAUAUUUGGUAGAUAUGUUAUUUAUCAAGCCAAGGCUUCGUUUCAUGCGUGGUGGGCUUCCGGUAAAAGACAUAAAAGAAACGGCGAAACAUUAUGUGCACAGUAACGAUUUUAAACUUGACUUACUUUCGUUGAUGCCAUUCGACAUUAUGUAUGUCAGGACAGGACCACUUGCUGCGUGGCGUGCUGUACGUAUAUGUAAGCUUCCAUCAUUUUGGCAGCUGUUCAGCCUCCUCGAUAAUUCAGUCUCAAAUCCGUAUAUAAUCAGGAUAACGAAAACUCUUGCAUAUAUGAUUUAUUUAAUUCACUGUAACAGUUGUGUAUAUUACAUGUUGAGUGCUUGGCAAGCCUUUGGGCAAAUCGCUUAUAGAAUGAAUAAUAAAUGGUAUCUUAAUAAAUGGGUUUACAAUAAUCAAGGAAAUGCUUACAUCCGAUGUUUUUACUUCACGACAGCAGUAGCAACAUCAACUGGCAAUAAUCCGGCACCAACGAACAUUGUUGAAUAUAUCUACAUGACGUUCUCUUGGAUGAUGGGUGUUUUCGUUUUCGCUUUACUACUUGGACAGAUAAGUUGUAUUCAAUUUGAAACUUUUAAAAUCCGAGAUAUCGUUUCAAAUGCAAAUCGUAAUCGUGAGCAGUACCGUAAGUCCAUGGAUCAAGUACUAAGCGAAUGUAAACGACUCGGUCUAUCCAAGGAUACUAUCAGUCGUGUUCGUGAUUGGUUUAUGUAUACGUGGCAAAAGCAGAAAACUUUAGACGAAAAGAAAUUGAUCGAAAAGUUGCCGCUGAAGUUACAAACGGAUUUAGCACUUUCAGUUCAUUAUAAUACGCUCAGUAAGGUUCAACUUUUCCAGGAUUGCGAUCGAGCUUUACUUCGCGAGUUAGUGCUUAAACUUCGACCAGUAAUCUUUCUUCCUGGUGACAUGAUCUGCAAGAAAGGCGAUGUUGGUAAGGAAAUGUACAUUGUCAACGAUGGCAUUCUUCAGGUUGUCGAUGAUGAGCAAAGUUGCAAAGUUUUCGCCGAACUUACUGAAGGAUCAGUUUUUGGUGAAAUCAGUUUAUUGGCAAUUGGUGGCAAUAAUCGUCGAACUGCAAACAUUCGUUCGAAAGGUUAUUCAACACUGUUUGUUCUUUCCAAGGAAGAUCUAAAUGAUGUGAUCAAAGAUUAUCCGGAUGCGCAGGAACUGUUAAAACGAAAAGCUAGAGAGAUGUUGAAAAAAGAUGAAAAAGUGAAGGAAACAAAAUUUUCGAUACAAGAAAAUAUGGAAAAUUACCUCAUAUCGGCACAUAUCAAUACACCGAAACUUGUAGAUGCAGUUAUGAAAGCUAUGUCCUCAAAUUCAUCAAUUGUCAAGCAUUCGCAAUCAUCUAGUUAA